AUGAAAGAAACAGUAUUGCGCAUAGUUCUAGUCAAAUAUUUAAUGUUAAUGACAGCUGAUGUCUUCGGAAAAGAAGUUUUUGACAAACAUCAUGACAAUGAAGUGCCAAACUAUUUGGACGAUUAUAACGGGAUGAUAAACCCAUAUGAAAAACACAACUCAGGUUUAAAAAACACAUCUGGAACUUUGCACUUUGAUUUUGCAAAGAGGCAACCACAGAGCACAUAUUUUUCUCGGCUUUAUUUAAGAAAACCAAGAACGUUUCUACAAAGAGACAAAAGAGAAGCUCGUGAACGUCAACCAUGUCCUACACUCUACUUGGACUCGAAAAUGAAAAUGUCUGCAGAAAUUGCGACGUCCAGUGAUAAUUGGUUUGGGGUCUGGGUCUUGGACCAAAACAAGACCUUCAACAGGGCACCUGUUUACGAACACGAAACCUCAACAGAGAACAGUACACUUUAUUUUUACAAAAUGAUGUCAGAUUCUUGGGUUAUAGCAAGUGAAAUACGCCAAACUGAUUCAAUCAGAGAAUUAGAAGGAUUUAAGGGCGUUGCAAUAGCAAAGAACAGUGACAUGUAUCCAGAAGAUAUCCAAACUGCCAUGCAGGUAUAUUCUGAAGAAAAAGAGAAAGUUAUAAAGUGGCCUGGACUCUUUUCUACAUGCGUAUCAGUUGAAAAUUCAUGCAGAGACAUUUUUGUAAGUGGUUUUGAUCGCAAAGAGGUCUUUAUGGUCUUCAAUGGACUCUGGCACAAAGACGGUUCAUCUGGCCAUCGUCCAAGUUACACACACAACGACAACUUUACAUUAAUACUAAAGUAUGAUACCUCAACACAAACUUGGACAUUUAUUCGGGAAACUAUAAGAAAAAGUGGGUCGAAAUUUGAUGUAACCAUUGCUGGAUAUGAUUUUACGUUUGAACCACAAAACGCAAGAUACGAUUGGAAGAACGUCAUCAAGGGAGGUCCUAAAAGAUUCAAAGAUACGAAUAUAUCGUGCAUUAUUAGAACAGAGGAAACAACAGUCUCAAGGGCGACAGUUACUACACAAACUCAAGAGUUUGGUGUUUCAAAAACGACAGUACAUAUUACGCCAAGAGGCGUUGCUGCUGUAACAACAGAAAAUUCCACUCAUCGGACCCCAGUUGUCAAGGACCAAAUACCUCCGGAAUGUCAACCAUGUCCUGUACUAUAUUUGGACUCAAAACAAACAAUGUUAGAAGCAGUAGCGGCAUCCAAUGAAUGGUUCGGUGUUUGGACUUUAGAUCGCACUCGGGAAUUCAAUGGCGAACCUGUCUACAAAUGCGAAACAUCAACAGUCGCCUAUUCGUACUAUUUAUACAAUGUGCUUCCGAAUAUUUGGGUUAUUGCAACAGAAAUACGGCAAAGUGAUGUUUUAAUAGACAUAUUUGGAUUAAGGGGUCGGGUCAUAAUAGCAACGGAUGGUGACAUAUUUCCAAGAAGCAACCAAAAUCCAGUGCAGUUGUACACAGCUACUGACAAUACGUUCAUGGAUUGGCCUGGCUUGUCAUUUUCAUGUGUUUCAGUUGAAAAUACAUGCGACGCCCUUAGUGUCAGUGGUUUCGAUAGGAAAGACGAUUUCACAGUUUUCAAUGGACUCUGGCACAAAGAAGGCGCAUCCGCCAGUCGCCCAGCAUAUGUACACAACGUCAACUCCACGUUGUCUCUGAAAUACGAUAAUUUAACACUGAAAUGGACAUUUGUCCGGGAAAUUGUGAAACCAAAGAGAUCAGUAUUUUCGUCAAUCAUCGUGGGAAAUGACUUUACAUUUGAGCCGCAAAACGUUAGAUACGGCUGGGAGAACGUACGGGGAAAUUUGAAGAAAAAAUUCGAAUCUGUAAAAAUUGAAUGUCUUCUAAAAGAUACAAAAACGGUGUCAAAGCCAGUGAUAACUACUCAACGACCAGUUUGUGGCAGUGCAAGAACGACGGAACAAUCAACCUUUAGGACCAAUGACAAAACAAGAACAGGUAAGUUUGUACUGAAUGAAUCUAAUGGUUAUCACAGGAAAGAUGGUUUGUGUAUAAAAAUGUUUUAAAGAAUUGUAAUAAUAAUAUGAUAAAUGAAGUAAUGAAGUUGAAUUCGCACUGCUGCUAAAGUUCUCUCCUUCAAGACACAGUAACGUAGAUUUCUGGCUUUUUAACUUGUGAUUUGGUUCUAGCUUUCUAGCUUCAUCGGUGCAUAAAAUCUGCCUGCAUCCUAGCUCAUGUUUUCCGAAAAUUUCUUUGCAUCUUUUGUCAGAAUACCUGCAGUGAGAGUUUUGUUAUCUUCGAACUUCGAUCAAUGUAUCAACGUCCUUUCAAUUUUGGGCGCUACACAUUGAAGUCGUCGAUGACGUCAUCCUAAUUAUAACAACUUAUAUGAUGUUUUAUUUUUGAGUGUCAAAAAUUGGAAAAAAUG